AAUAGGGUAUGAACAGGAGAAUGAAAAGAUCCAAAAUUACCCCCAUUUGAAUGUUAACUUACAUUUUCUGUUAGUGAUAAUUUGCAGUUUUGUUUCUCCGUAUAUAAGAAACAAGUAACUCAGGUGGCAAUUGUGUAGAUACCAUUGUUGUUAACAGUUUUUUUUACAGCCAUCAUCUUAAGUAUAUAGUAUGAUAAACACUUUUAACCUGCUGAGUCAACACACACAGACAGACACAGACACGCAGCUCAUGUGAACAGAUGCUCAGUCAGAUGAGUGGCACGUGAAAAGUUCUCCCUCCCAGGAAAAAUGUCAAGGACCAAACAAGAGCAACACCAUACCGGAAUCACCCAACAACUGCCGUUAUAAAAUAAAAGUUGGACGUUAAAAAAAACCCAGCUACUUUUUGUAUGGCUUUCCUGAAAAGUAUUGGCUUCCUGUGCUUUGUCACAUUUUUUUUAACACGAUGUUAAAAUCGAAUGGAUUUACGUUUAGUGUUGCUUAACGCUUGUGCAGUAUACUUAGUGUCUAUGCAUGUUUUUAUUUUGACAGUUAAAUUAGAGGAAGUAGUGUCUAAAACUUGACACGAUUUGUUUUUCUCUACGAGGAGGAGCCUGUGAUUUCUUUUUUUCAUUUGUUAACUUCUGAGCGUUGGAAUUCGUACAGAACUGGAGUCAUUGUAAUAUGUUGGCGGCUUAAAGAGGAAAGUUACGUUUAUAAUUCGAUCUCGACGUGACGACAGCAGUUUUCAGUGAUAAGAUGAUCACAAAGGGGCAGAAGCGAAAAUACUCCCCUGAGGAAGUGGAGGCUACAGACAGAAGCAAUCCCAUCUGGGAGAGCCAACGACAGUUUGUGUUCUCAGUCUCCCUUAAUAAGUACCAGCGUGGUCAAGAGCUACCGGAACCCAGCCUGCGGCGGUCUGUGCUGAUCGCAAACACGCUGCGGCAGAUGAGCCUGGAGUUUUGCAACGCUCCUGCAGAAGAUGAAGUCCCUCCAGACAGUUCUUUAUCUGGGCCCGAGGAGGUACAGCAGGAGAGUCCAUCCAACAAAAUCCCAUCAGCCAAACAUCACCCUGCACAAGUGGUGACCAACAGCAGCUCAGCACUUACCACCUGCUCUGGGGUUUCUUCACUCCACUCAUCACAUUAUGCUGCAGGUAGGAAUCUGGCAAACUGCCAAUGGAAUUCAUCCACUGUUCCUCUCUCUAAUGGAGAUGAAGAUGAGGAAUGGGAGUCCAUGUCCACUGAUGGUGAUUUCUCCCUUUCAGCUGCUAUCUCCUCCAUACUUACUGCCCUGGACUCGAACAUUGAAGAAAGCCCACAGGCAGUGCAGCGAACACCCUUUCAGUCUCUGGAAAACCUGUCGAGGUCCUCUGAGGGUAGUGCAACGUGGGUCAAACAGGGGGUCAGAGGUUUUGUGGGGAACCUAGAGGAGUGGGAUGAGUGCAGGGUGAGAGAGAACCAGAUGGAGGUGACGAGGUCUGCCUAUCUGACUGACUUCACUGUAGAAGAUCUGUUUCAGGAUAUAGACACGUCUCUCUUAGAUAAAGACAAACUGUUUGGGCUGAGGGGGUGUGGAGUCGGACACCCAGCUGGUGACGAUCUGCCUCGGUACCUGUUGCCAAUCUCUCCUUCCGCCUCCUCUUCGCAGUAUCUGUCUAACCAGAACCUCAAGUGCCUGCCGUCCUUCUCUUCGUUCGGCCCACUGUCAUCUUCACCUGCCUCUUUGCCUACCAUUUUUUCACCCUCAUCUUCUCUCUUUCCUGGUCAGAAUCAAGGACUCGACCUGGAGCAUCUGAUGGAGAUCCUGGUGGAGUCCUGAUAGCAGAGUUGUACUGCCACUAACAUAGUGAACAAAAUGUUUGAGGGAAAAGGCUGGACUGUGAACUACUAUGGUAAUUAUUUAUUCCCUUUUCAAAAAUGUUAACGGCAUAUAAGUAGGAAAAUGUUUUGCAAUUUUGUAAAAGUUAAUAAUGCUCCACUACCUGGAUAGAUAAGGAGUGGCACCUCCUCAUGGUGUCAUGAAGUUAAAGAAAAGAAAAUCAACAGGAUGAAACCAGAAUAUGACCUGUUUUUUUUAUCUCUUUGCAAACGGUAAGCUGUGAGUCACUUAACUGCUGAAUGGAGUUUUAUUGCAAUUCUCACUAUGACUCACCAAAAUAGAAUUAAUUACACUGCAGUGCACACCCUCUACGCCUGCCUUGUCUUUUUGUCUAAAUUGAGGCAAUCUUGUGUUCACACUGAACGUUUAAUUUUCUGCACUGAAGGCAAAGCAGAAUCCUGGUCACAGACUGACGUUUUACGCAGUUUAUUGAACUCGAAACGAGACAUGGAACAAAUCCCUUACAGUGCAUUUGAAUAAUGCUGAUAUUUGUUUGAAGAGAAUGUGUUUUUGGUGGGCAUUGAAAGAACGAUGGUUGUGGAAACACUAAUUGUUAAGGUUAAAUCUUCUGUGAAGAAAUUCUUUAACCUUAUUUAUCCUGGGUUUUUAAGAAAGAUCUGGUUUUGGGUCAGUUUUAAAGGCGUAGGAAGAUGAGUGAGAAUGUGCGUUCAGGGGAAGUAUUUCACAAGUGUCACUGCUUUUCUAUGGGCUAGCAAACAAGCCAUUUAUUUUUUUCUGAAGGUUGUUAUAUUUCAUAUUUCAAAAUAUGGUAAGACUACAUUUCUUUACUUACUCCAGUAUUCAGUAAAAAUUGAAUCUGGAAUAUUAGAAAAGCACAACUUCGAGUGACCCGCUGCCACAUGAUAGAAUUUACAUACGUGUUCACAUUUGUGUCUUUGUUUUUUUUAAAGUGUUUCGAAAAUCAGAUUUGUAAAUGGAAAUACUGUAUACACACAGUGGGGUUAAAAAACACCCCCCCAUCAGAGUCACUGCAGCCUGAACGUGAGCAUAAAGUUGGUCUGAGUGGAAACGUUGGUGCUUAAACACAACACACAGCCCUGAGUUUCUAGUGAGUUUUUAAUAGAUUAUUUUCAGUAGAGUGGUUAUAAUCCAACAUAUCUUCAUGUGUUUGACUGUACACAACAUAACCUCCGCUCCACUGUAAGCGUACUACAGUAUUCGGAGUCACCACCACUACGAAGCAGCUGUUUUAACACAUGUCUGAAUCUGCCCCUCUGGGUGUUCAUCUUUGUUUUGUUUACAUCUGAAUUUUUGCACUUUUGGUUAUUAAUAAUAUGCAUUUUAAUUGUUAAGUCACCCAAAUAUGUGGUUUGUGUAUUUAUUUUAAAGUCAAAUCAUUGUUCCUUCUAGAGCCAUGAAAUGGAAUCAUAUUAAAUGUUCUUUUGGUGCAUAUUGUUAUAAAGAAAUGUUUUUGUUAACUGAUGUGUAUAUAUAUGCCUCCAAUUCUUUUAAACCAACACUGCUACAGCACAUCAUGCACGGACUGUUGUAGAUUUAAAAUCCUGUUGUUAUGAAUCUGAGUUGCUUUUUGAAAGCUUGGAUGCUUAAUUAGCAGCAGGAACUGAGUCUCCAAUCACUCAUAAUGGGCAUGUAUAUUUUCUUUAAAUUUAAUUUAAAAUGCUGUCAUAUAAGGUCAAUAAUGUUGAUGAAUUACCUGUAUUUUAUAUUUCCUUUUCCCCAUGUGUAACUGGUUAUUUUUAAAUUGAGGUGCCAAGCUCAAUGUAUGUAUGUAGACUUUAAACUUUUUUUAAAUAAAAGAAAUGAACGAAA